CCGCCCGAUGAGCUCGUACUUCGUGAACCCGCUGUACUCCAAGUACAAGGCGGCGGCGGCGGCGGCGGCGGCGGCGGCGGCCGAGGCCGUCCACCCCACCUACUACGACUGUCCCUUCGCGCCCGAGCUCGGCGGCCGCCACCACGCCGCCGCCCUGCAGCUCUAUGGCAACGGCGCCGCCGGCUUCCCGCACGCGCCCCCGCAGGCGCACGCGCGCCCGCACCCGGCCUGCGGCGGCGGAGGGGGCGGCCCGGGCCCCGGCCAGGACUACUUCCACGCCGGCGCGGGCAGCCCGGCCGCUGCCUACCAGGCCGCCCCACCUCCUCCUCCGCACCCUCCGCCUCCGCCGCCGCCGCCGCCUCCCCCCUGCGGCGGGAUUGCCUGUCACGGGGAGCCCGCGAAGUUUUACGGAUACGAUAACUUACAGAGACAGCCGAUUUUUACGACCCAGCAAGAGGCCGAGCUGGUACAAUAUCCUGACUGUAAAUCGUCCAGUGGUAAUAUUGGCGAGGACCCAGACCACUUAAAUCAGAGCUCGUCUUCUCAAAUGUUUCCCUGGAUGAGACCACAAGCAGCUCCUGGUAGACGGAGAGGAAGACAAACCUACAGUCGCUUCCAAACCCUAGAGUUGGAAAAGGAAUUCCUUUUUAACCCUUAUCUGACCAGGAAGAGAAGAAUCGAGGUCUCCCACACCCUGGCCCUCACGGAGAGACAGGUAAAAAUCUGGUUCCAGAACAGGAGAAUGAAGUGGAAGAAGGAGAACAACAAAGACAAGUUUCCCGUGUCCAGGCCGGAGGCAAAGGACGGAGAACCCAGACAGGAGGCCCAGCAGCUGGAGGAAGACAGAGCCGAAGGCCCCGCAAAUUCACUUCCACCCUGAAAUUCUGACCGGAGACUAUUGAGAGGAAGGAUCAGUGUGUAUCUGUGACCAGCACCUUUUCUCACCCCUCCCCCGUCUUUUCUGGAAAGAACUUUACCUGGGUUUCAAGCUACCUACCUUAAUGUCACUGCUCUUGAGGUUUUCUGCGCUUUGAAAGGGAUUUGGGUGUUUUUAAAAAUAAGUUUGUAGUAUCGCAUAGUGCCAGUCCUUGAGCUGUCGUAUAGAAGGGUAAUUUGAUACCGACCAUGUCUCUAUUUUUAUAAUGGUAGUUUUUAACGUCUGAGCUGGUGAUUUGCCUCAAACAACGUAAACUUCCUAAUGAUCAGCACUCGAUGAUUGAAUAUAAAAUGCUUUAUUAAUCAAACAAGUGCACUUGAACAUUUUAAAUCUUUAUGGUGAGUAAAUUAAAAGAGGUCUAUUAAUAAUUUUUUUAAAAUUAUGCCUGCAGAAUAUUUACUUUAUUAUUUGAUUAAAUGUAUUAUUUAUAUUUUUCUCUCUGCUUCUGUAACGAUGGUUCAGGUGUCUUUUGGUUUACUUCCAGAAGGCUUCUUUGAGCAUUUUGUAACUGUCUGUCAGGGAAGAGUCUGGGCCAAAUGUUGGAAAGCACAGUAGCAGAAGAGUGCAAUGUAUUCUCCGGGCUCUUGGCUUCCUUAAACUUGGGAGAGUGCUGUGCCAGGGGCAGGAGUUUAAGGGUAAUGUCAAAAUCGACAGUUAGUCGUGUUUCUGUAGUCCAUACAAAUUAUGGCAAUUGGAUAAUCUGGAGAAGUAAUACUUGAAAACUAAUUGCAACAUUUCCACUAACUGUUCACUCUGGAAGUGGCCUUGCUUUCAUUUUGAACCCAGUUGCCUGGGAUUUCUAGGUCGCUAUGCUCUGUGUUUCUGCCUUUUCUAGUAGGUGCCAUAUUUAUUGUAUUCUCUUGCACUGCUUGCAUGCGCCUUUUAAGCCAGCUUGCUGUGUUCAUCUCAGAUGUCGGUUGGUACGUCCAUCCUCUGCUGUUCUUCAGGAAAGCCUUGGCCUCACCUCUUUGAAAGGAGUCCUGAGUGUAAAUGCGGAAACUCCUCUGAGUGUAAACAACAGCCCCAGAGCAUAGCUCCUUAAUAAAGAAAUGUACCUCCUUAAAGA